GAGGACGAGGACGAUGGCUUUCGUUAUCGUUAUCUGUACGAUCAGAGACUAGGCAAGCAAUUCAGAGCUGAAGAACGACACAAACGACGGCAAUGGAGGGCUACUCCUAUGAUGAAGACUUGGCCGAGAAUCGAUUCUUCACCAUCAUGCAGACCAAAUAUCGGCAGCUACACCAGCAAGCUGCUAGACAGCGAUUACUGAUCUGCAUACCGAGGACCGGAGUCUUUGCUCGUUUCUCUCUAACCCAAGCUGACUUUGAGUCGCACAUACUCCAACCCAACGAUGGGAAGUCUGGAUGCUACACAACCCUCAACAACAAGGAGGUACAACUCAGUGGUGACUCCAUUACCACGACCAAAGGAUUUAAAGAGAUAAGAAUCGUUCACAUCCUGUUUGAAGAGACCUACUAUAACGAUCAGGACGAUAGUUAUAGGGUCGUCUGUAUAGAUAGGUUGCUGGAAGGCGGAAAUGAGGUGGUUGAGGAUCCCGUGUCAACGUGUCUAGAAACCUUGGAUGAUUGUGCAGAUUUCCUGUGGGGAAGUAAAUAUAGUAAAUACUCUCAGAAACAGGUGGACGACCUCGUCACAAAUUUCCGUAACACAAGCCAACAGAUGGAGACCCUACGACACACCAUUGAUGAGACCAGCGCACUGUUUUCCAUGGCCAUGCAAAUAGCACUCAGAGACUCCGUCCUGCGCAAGACAGUACGUCAGCAUCAUGGUCACAUGGAUAACCUCAAGACGUCGAUGGAGACCUACAUCCUGCACGGUGUGUAUGGCAAAGUCUUCAAGGCUAUCAGCUCCUUCCUAGCCAGCCAGGAUGCAGCAUUGAACAAGACCACCAGGAAUCUCUCAGAGCUCCAGGUCCGAGAUGUCGGAGUCCGGCCAGAAUUCACGGCCAACGUUCCCCGGGCUCGACGCGAGCUGUCCACACUGAACCAGUACCGCACACCGUUGGAGAAGCUGCACUGUCUACGCCGUACCGUGAUGGCCAUCAGCCAGCCGGGGUUUAGAGCACGCUCCAAGGAACCAGCUCCAGCGAUGUCCUCGGAUGACUUGCUCCCUUUACUGGUCUACCUGGUGGUGAAAGCAGACAUCCCUAACUGGCUGGCCAACCUCACCUUCAUGAUGAACUUUCGCUUCUCCAGCUUUGCUGACGGGGAAUUCGGGUUUUAUCUGGCUUCCAUCGAGGCGGCCGUGGAGCAUGUCAAGAUGGGCAACAUGAGCAAUGUAGUGAUCGGUGCCGCCAACCCAGAGAAGCUGCAUGUACUACGCAGGAUGAUGUCCACUGACAGUAUGUGGCAGAAUAUAGACCAAGCCGAUACAGAUACUUCAGCAAUCGAUGUGCUUUUUCAGCAUGCCAGGGAAGGACACACCACAGACGUAGCCAAGAUGCUAGAACUCAGCUCCAACGAUCACAGCUGGCUCCUAGACCAGAUGUGCCACCCGCUGUGCGGCUGCGACAAAUGUGAGGAACUGGUGGCCACGAAGCGUAAUGAUCCGCGAGCAGUGACGGCAUCAUCUAGAGAUGACCGAGGCGGUACUGCCAUGCAUGUAGCCGCAAUGUACGGUCAUACUGAUGUCAUUAAUGUUCUGUUGUUGAGAGGUGGCGAUGUUAAUGCUACCGAUUACCACGGCUCAACGCCACUUCAUGUAGCAUGCAGCAGAGGCCAACAACAUGUCGUAUUACUCUUAUUAGAUGAAGGAGCUUCAGUGAACGUGGAAGAUAAUGAUGGUAACACUCCCCUGCACCUCUGCUGUGCCAACGGCCAUGAAGAUUGCGUGAAAGCUAUGACGUACAGCAAUCAUGCCGUGGAUGUCAAUGCCGCAAAUUGCCAAGGUGAUACACCGCUACAUCUCACAACACGAUGGGGAUACGAAAGCUUAGUCCAGAUUCUCCUGGAGCAUGGAGCAUCAGUUGAAGCCCGCAACAGACGAAAGGAAACACCCAUCAUGUGCUCCUACAACGUCAAUGUCAGUAGAAGCCUCCAAGAAGCCGCUAACCACAACUCAGAUGGAAAGGACAAUUACAUUCAGUCCUCGAGUCCCCCUAUAGCAUCUUCUUUCAGCCCACCUGACAACACAGAUUCCUUCACGACAAGUUUUGCCAAGACUGCCAGCCGAGCUAGACAGCGAUCAAGAAGAAGUUCCUCGCCCUAUAGCAAAAUGGUUGAGAAGUUACUCAGGUCAGUUGCAGACGGGGACCUGCUGAUGGUCAAAUACCAGCUGGGCUGGCUGAGCGAUACUGACGAGAGUGACGAUGAUGAAGAGGUUUCAUUAGAUGCCAAGCUCUGCCAUCCUCUCUGCCAGUGCAGUAAAUGCGCCACCCUGCAAAAGAGAACUCUCGUUUCCUCGUCCGGUCUCAGUGUCAACUCCUGUAACGCUGAAGGUUUCUCCCCCGUCCACGUAGCGGCUGUACACGGGCACGAUUCCAUGGUGGCGCUCUUCCUGCGCAGAGGGAGUAACAUCAAUAGCCGGGGCGGCGGCAGCCAGCAGUGCACGCCGUUGCACCUGGCAUGUCAGUACAACCACCCAUUGAUUGUGAUCCAGCUCCUGCAGCACGGUGCCAAGUGCAAUGUGAAGGAUGCCAGAGGCAACACACCUCUACAUUACUGCUGUCUGAAUGGUCACGUCAAACCAGCAAAAUUCUUGAUCAAACAUGGUGCUAACGUGAACCAAACCAAUCAUCGCGGCAACACACCCCUACACGAAGCAGCCCGAUGGAACUUUGGCCAGGCCGUCAGGCUGCUGAUAGAAGAAGGCCACGCCAACCCGUUCACACGGAACAAGGCCCAGCUGAUGCCCAUCCAACUCACACAGAAUGAUGAGGUGGUAAAAAUCCUCCGCAAUGCAGCUCUGAACGCAGACCAAGGCCUGGAUGAGGUCAGCUCACCUGACCCCGGGUCAGAGGUCACGGAUACUCCUCCCACCUCACCGUAUCUGUCUCCUUCGCAAGAUGCCCAACAGGCCAACAACGCAUCUCAAGGAGCAUCCGGAAAUCUUGGGUCCCUGCCGAGGCAUGUCAGCCCCAAAGAUCUCUUCCUGUCCUCGGCCAGCAUGGAGAUGCAGCAGCUCCAAGCCCUCAAUCAGUCGGUGAGAGCCUUUGACAAAGCCCGGAGAUUGCGUCGCUCCAUCACCCAAGACAAGAGCGAGCCCUUGCCUGCAUGGAUGAAGCACCAGUAUCACAUCCAGCACUUUGAUCACAACAAACUGAGGCACGUCAGCACCGUGGACAAGAGCCAGCCCCGGCGUAUCAUUAGAGCACCCUCACUUGACGAGGCCGAGCCACCCCGUCAAGGCGUCGAAGGCUGGAUUGCAGGAAAUACGGGGGUUUCAGAGGAGAGUCCCGAUGUAGGUGGAGAUAGGGGCAGCAUCGAUGGGAUAGCUGAGGGGACACAAGCAACAUCAGCUGAUGGGGUUUCAAUUUCUGAUCAGGGAGAAGAGACGACAAGUGACAAUGGCUUGAAACAGACAGCGUUGGGACCACUAAAUCCUGACGUCCUAAAUGAGCCCAACCAAUUCGUUGCCCUGACCACUGAAAACGUCAGGAGUAGUCAUGAAGAUAGCGAGAUAACUGAGGGUAGUCGCGCGGCCAUUGAUGAGCCAAGCCCACUCCAAGAACAUGCAGUGCCCGAGGACAGACCCCGGGCAAAUGCUGCAAAGAAAUACAAGUCUAUCAUUUCAUUUGCGGAAUCUGAGACCGAGCCUGAUCCUGGUGAGCCAAGAAGUCAUUUGGGGACCCAGGAGAUGAAAGAUAGAGAUAUUAACAAUGAACAAGUGCUCAGUGUUAGAGACAAGACUCGCACUGCAGAAUUGAGCGAUGAUACUGAAGCAGAAUCAGAACCAGUGGUUUCAGAGGAUGAUGUAAAGACUUCAGGCCCAGAUGGUCCGACGCCUUCGAGUGAAGAUGCAACCGGGAGCUCUACUCAAGCGCCCUCUUCUCCGACAGAGAUGCAGGAUGUGAUGGCCCACGCGCACAUCACACCGCCCUCGCCGGGGCACCGGCGCGUCGGUUCCAACAUCAGCCUGGACCAGAUGACCUCGCUGACGUUGAGCAUGAACGCGUACGCCGAGGCUGCGCCGUCCUCGGAACCAACGUGCGGAUCGGGAGACCUCGAGAAGACAGGCUUUGCGGAGGUGUUGAGAGGGGACUUGGAUCAGGAUCUCACUGAUGCCAAACGUUUAGAGCAACAGCAAGAGGCUCUGUUAAGCACUCCACUGACAGACUCUGAAAUUGAUUGCAUGGAGCCGCUAAACCAGGACGGCCAUAUCAGCUAAAUUCAAAAAUUAAGAAUCGUUUGAUCAGGCUCCGACUAAUUGUCACAUGCUGGGUAGAGAUCUUUUCUAAAGGCACAAAUAUAUUCAACUGCAUGUAUUGAAGUUAUUAUUAAUAUUUAAUAGGAGCAGGAAAGAGUCGUACACUCCCUGUGUUAACUUGUUAAAUAAAGGUUGGAAUAUCUUGAUCGAAUGCUGUUUUGCAUUUGAAUUCAUUGUGUACCAUGGAAGGUGCAGUUUAGCCUACUGAGCUGGUUGGGGGUUCAUCAAUAACGUAUUUCAGGCGUCCCCCCUGACAAUAGUUUGCAUUUGCUGAUUACAUUAUUUUACUUGCAAUGCAUAACUUGCAUGUUUAACCUGAAAAAAAAUCUUCCUGGAGGUCAUUUUUGAAAAUGACACUUCAAAGUGGA